AUGGCGCACUUCGAAGAAGGCGGGAUCGUGUGGUCUAGGAGUACUAAGAAGGAAAAGUGGUGGCCGAGCAUCGCGUUUGCGAGCUGGGACGCUGCAAAAGAAGCAGGCUUCGUCCCUGAUGGGAUUGCGUGGCUGAUUGAGUGCGGACGCAAGGUUGAUGUCACCGACGACGAGGCGCAACCGAGACAGGGCGAAGUGUUGAACCUGUUUUAG